AUGGAUAACCUUGAGCAAGAAGGCAUAAAUGAAGAAUUUAUCGAGUUUGCCAUCCGUGAAAGCAUUCAAGACGCCUCCAAGCUGCCAUGUUCAGCACCAAUUCACAGAAAAGAAUCAAACAGUGAGGAAUUUGUGAAGAUAAUGGAAGCUAUUCACACAGGUGAUGUGUGUGCACUGCAGGAGCUGUCAGGUUAUACGUCUGCGUUCAGAGAGAGAGACAGCAGGGGUCAGCUGCUUCUGCACGCAGCAGCAGUUCAGCCUCAACAGGAGAUCCUACAUGUUGUGUUACAGGUGCUGACAUCCACAGACCUGACCUUGGAGGAGCAGACAGAGGAUGGGGACACAUGUUUAACUCUGGCAGCAGAGGCCGGCCUGGUGGAAAAUGUCAAGAUACUGCUGCAGCACCAGGCUUCACCACACAACAACAACAGCAGAAACGAGUCUCCUUUGCUGAUUGCGGUGAGAAAGAAAUCAUACGACAUGGUUUUUACGCUCAUCAUGGGUGGGGCCUUUGUGGAGCAGGUGUGUCAAUCGAAGUGGACAGCCACCCAUGAAGCAGCAAAGGUUGGAUGUCCGGCUGUUCUUCUGCUGCUUCUUCGACACGGUGCAAAGGUAACCACCAGAGGUGCUCAUGGUGUAACUCCUCUUGGGAUUGCAGCUGAAUAUGGAAACGCUGAAGCCUUGGAAAUCCUCAUACAUCAUGGUGGUGACGUAAAUGCCCAAGCCAGCAAUGGGGACACAGUGCUAUAUGAUGCAGCUGGAAACGGAAACCUGGACUGUAUCAAGUUGCUCCUGGUGCACAACGCCAACCCGAAUGUCGCCAGCUAUGCCUGCCAGCUGCCCAUCCACAGAGCUGCAUACGAGGGACACAUACUAGCUCUGAGGACUCUCAUCCCCAUCACCACAAAGAAAGCUAUCCGUCUCUCAGGCCAGAACCCUGUCCACUCUGCAGCAGACGGGGGACAGGUUGAGUGUCUGAAGCUGCUUCUCCAGAAAGGAUACGAUGUCAAUGCAAUGCUAGACACUCACAUUUCUGAGAACUACGGGGACCUGAGAAAGACUCCUCUGUACUUUGCUGUUUCCAACGGUGAUGUCACCUGUUCAGAGAUAUUGCUCGCAGCUGGAGCACGAACCGACCUGGAUCCACUUCAGUGCAUCCUGGUCGCUGUUCGAGCUGAGAGGUAUGAGCUGGUGCAGCUUCUGUUGUCCUACGGAGCAGAGGUGAACUGUAACUUCAGUGUGAUCUGCAACACAUUGUUCCCGACAGCCCUGCAGUACAGCCUGAGGGAUCCAGUGAUGCUGCGACUGCUGCUCAACAGCGGAUAUCAAGCUUACAAGUGUUUCCAGUGUUGCCAUGGUAACUGUGAAGAAAUAGACAGUACGUGGACUGAGCUCCACAACCAAGCUUACCAGAUUUAUAGUCAACCUAAUGCCAUCUCAUUCUGUGAGUAUGUAUCGGUGUCCUGGCUGACACAUCUGGUUGGCGGCAUUGUAAGGAUGUUCCUGGACUACGUCAGCCAUGUGAACAUCUGUCCAAACCUCAAACGCAUCCUGGAAAAGAGACCAGAGUGGGAAGAGAUUUCUGAAAUACUGGGUAAACCACGGUCUCUGCAGCACUUGUGUCGCCUGCUUAUCCGAGGUCACAUGGGCCUCAGGACUCUGAAUAACCCUGAAGCAAUGGCUGCAGUCCCUUUUCCUCCACGGCUGAGGAAAUACCUGACCUACAGUGACUAUGACCUUUAUGGAGAACUCUCCUCCAUAUAGAACAUACAAUUUAUAUCUGUGUAAUUGAGGCACUAAUGAAAAUGCACUGGUCACACUUUAAAAUAUACCAAAUGAGAAUAUAUUUUCUCUCUUAAAGGCUUUAUAUGCAAUUUUUUCAUCCAGCAGAUG